GGGGUAGCGCUUUAAUUCAGCUUUUUUUCUUUCUUGUUUUUAAGAACUGCGCUUGGAAAUCUGAUUUUUAUUCUUGUGCAUGGGGUGGCUGGCGACCUGGUAGCCCUGCAGCAUCAUCCUUCAUCAGCACAUCUUUUUUUUUAAUUAUUUAUUUUUAUUUUUCCGGGAGGGGGGGUACACGUGCUCUUCUUUCCGCCCCCGGCUCCUGAGGAGGAAGAGGAAGAGGAGGGGGACCCGCCCCCGCCGCUGGGCGCUCCCCCGGUCGCCCUGCAGGCACUGGCGGGGGGUGAAGGGGGUGUUUGCGGCAGGUUUGGGGUGCGGGGUGGGGAGGGGUGGGGGGCCGGAGAUGGGGUACUCUGCUCACUGAGCUGGGGGGGGGGCAAACCGAGCCCCCCCUAACCUGAGCCUUGUGUUGUCGUCGUCGUCCCGUCGUCCCCCCCCCCCCCCCGCCCCUGCAAAUUCCGCCGUUGGCUGCUGCUCCCGGCUCGCACGUGGUUGGAUUUAGGGGAUUUCUGCGGGGUUUUCGGUGCUUGGUUUGGAAUUUUUAUUUUUUUUUUAUUUUUUUUUUUUUUGCCACGGGGGUGGCUCGGGGCCCCUCGGCUUUCUGGCUGCCCCCCACUUUGCAAUGGCCUCUCCGGAGAAGAUGCGCCCUGGGCCGGCUGCCCUGCUCUGCUGCCUCUGCUCCCUGCUGCUCCCCGCCCACGCCAAGGGGCCAGCUCCCAGCCCCGAGCCCGCUGAACCCCUUGGUGCAGUCACGCUGCCUGUGAGCUACCGCCUGUCCAACACCCGCUUGGCCUUCUUCCUCAAGGAGGUGGGAGCCAGCCCUGUGGGCAACGGCAGCACCCCGCUGCAACGUGCCGAGCCCUUCGUCGUCUUCCAGACCAAGGAGCUGCCCGUCCUCAACGUCACCCUGGGGCCUUUCAGCACCGGGCUGGUGCUACCCAAGGAGCAGCUGCAGCCCUCCAGCACCCUGGAGGUCCCUGACCGCCUCACCGUCAACUGGAAGGUGCGCGCCUUCAUCAUCCAGCCCCGGCUGGUGGCUAACCAGCCCGUGGUCCAGGUGCUCUUCUACGUAGCUGGCCGGGAUUGGGAUGACUUUGACGUCACUGACCGGCUGCCCUGCGUGCGGCUCCACGCUUUCCGCGACACCCGUGAGAUCAAGAGCUCGUGUCGCCUGCGGGGCAGCCUGGCCAUGUGCCUGGUGCAGGCAGAGCUGCCCCACGCCUGGUUUGGCCCCUCGGCUGUGCCGCUGGGCAGGAGGAAGAGCCCCGAGAGCCUGGAGGUGCCGGGCGAGAGCCAGCAAGCCGAGCUGUACUACACCCUGCAUGCCCCGGAUGGGGCAGGCCAGUGCCUUGGGGAGACGGUCCCCCGCCGUGGGGCUGGGGGGGCCAGGACAGAGGGCCCCACGCAGCACCCGCUGCUGCGCAUCGGCAGUGUCAGCCUCCUGCAGCCCCACCUUGGGCAGCCCAUGCAGGAGCACCGGCUGGACGGCAACGUCUUUAUCCGCCUGCCUGACAAGCCCCUCAAGCCAGGUGAGGUGCUGAGCAUCCUCCUCUACCUGAUGUCCAACUCCACAGUGGAGCACUUCACGCUCAGGGUGAAGGCCAAGAAGGGUGUCAACCUGCUCAGCACCAAGUCAAGGAGCGGGCAGUGGCUGGUGAGCUCGGAGCUGCUGACGGGCGGCAAGCACUCCACCGCCACUGUCGACGUGGCCAGGGUGGACGGUGAUGGGCCCAGGGAUGGGGACUCCUCCUCUGAGAUCAUGCAGCUGGAUUUUGAGAUGGAGAACUUCACCAGCCAGUCGGUGACACGCCGCAUCAUGUGGCACAUUGACUACCGGGGCCGCAACCCCCCGCCUGACCUGGAGAAGGUGGUGACAGAGCUGACAGUCAUCCAGAGGGACAUCAGGGCCAUCGUGCCCCUGGCCAUGGACACGGAAAUCAUCAACACGGCCAUCCUGACGGGGCGGACGGUGGCCAUUCCCGUGAAGGUCAUCGCCAUUGAACUGAGUGGCGUCAUCGUGGACGUCUCGGCUAUGGUCGAGUGCAAGUCUAACAAUGAAGAUAUCAUCAAGGUCUCCAGCAGCUGUGACUACGUCUUCGUCAGCGGGAAGGAGUCGCAGGGCUCCAUGAGCGCCCGGGUCACCUUCACCUACGAGCACCUCUCUGCCCCACUGGAGAUGACGGUGUGGGUGCCUAAACUGCCACUGCACAUCGAGCUCUCGGACGCCCGGUUGAGCCAAGUGAAGGGCUGGAGAGUGCCCAUCCUGCCAGACAGGAGGUCGGCACGGGACAGUGAGCACGAGGAGGACGAAGAGGAGCGGAAGCAGAGCCGGGGCUGUGCCCUGCAGUACCAGCACGCCACGCUGCAGGUCUUCACCCAGUUCCACACCACGGCGGCGGAGGGCACGGGGCAGGUGGUCACCAUGCUGGGGCCUGACUGGCUGGUGGAGGUCACCGACCUGGUCAGCGACUUCAUGCGCGUGGACGACUCGCGGGUGGCCCACAUGGUGGACAGCUUCACACUGGCUGGGAGGGAGCCAGGCACCACGCUCUUCAAGGUUGUGUCCCCGCUCGUGGAAGCAGUGCUGGGCGAGACGCUGGUGACAGUGGCAGAAGAGAAGGUCAGCAUCACAGACCUGAAGGCCCAGGUGGUCUCCAGCCUUUCGCUGUCCCUCCACCCCAGCCCUGGCAAUAGCCACACCAUCAUUGCCCGGACAUCCGUGCAGCAGACCCUCAGCUUCUUCAAGCAGGAAGCGCUCCUGAGCCUGUGGAUUUCCUACAGUGAUGGCACCACAGCCCCCCUCUCCCUCUACGACCCUAAGGACUACAACCUGGUGGUGAGCAGCCUGGAUGAGAAGGUGGUCUCGGUGACCCAGGACCGGGCGUUCCCCUUGGUGGUGGCGGAGAGCGAGGGUGCAGGGGAGCUGCUGCGGGCUGAGCUGGUCAUCUGCGAGAGCUGCCAGAAGACCAAGCGCAAGAGCGUGCUCUUCACAGCGUUGGCCAGUGUGCGGGUCCACUUUGGGUCUGAGGAGGACCCAACCUAUGACUAUGACCACGUGCCCAGCAAGCCGGGGCUGGUGGAGACGGGGGCGAGCACCACCCUGCGGGCAGAGGUGGAGAGGAAAGUGGAGCCGAGUGAGGACAAUAGGAUGUCCAGCGCGUCUCACCCCACCGAGGACUUCCCCACCAUCCCCACUGGCUUCGUCCAGGUGACCAGGGGGCUGACGGACCUGGAGAUAGGCAUGUAUGCCCUCCUGGGCGUCUUCUGUCUGGCCAUCUUGGUCUUCCUCAUCAACUGCAUUGUCUUUGUGCUGAAAUACCGGCACAAACGGAUCCCGCCUGAAGGCCAGACUAACAUGGACCAUUCCCACCAUUGGGUCUUCUUGGGCAAUGGGCAGCCCUUGCGGGCUCACAAUGACCUUUCCCCCCAGCCCGAGAGUCCCGGGAACCCCCUGGAAAAUGUCCAGACUUGCUGCCAUGGGGACCACCACAGCAGCGGGAGCUCACAGACCAGCGUGCAGAGCCAGGUCCAUGGCCGUGGGGACGGUUCUUCAGGGGGCUCCACACGGGACCAGAGCGAGGACCCGCUCAACUCACCCACUUCCAAACGGAAGCGGGUGAAGUUCACCACCUUCGCCACGCUGCCCUCCGACGAGCUGGCCUACAACUCCAUCCCCAUCGCUGAUGAGGAGGACUUGGAGUGGGUCUGCCAGGACAUGGGGCUGCAAGACCCCGAAGAGCUUCACAACUACAUCCGCAGAAUCAAAGAGAUCGCUUAACGCGGGGGCAGAGGGGACAGGGCGGGAGGGAGGGGGCUGCCACACCGUGCCACGCCGUGUCACGCCACGCCAUGCCACACCACGCCAGCUGCUUCCCCGGGGCUGGAGACCCAAAUUCGGCUCUCUUGCGCAUUCCCUGUUCCACGCAUCCCACGUCCUCACCCUAUGGAAGGCACCCCCAGGGACCUUGGUUUUUUCUUGCCUUUUACCAUCUGGCCUGUGGCAAGGGGGCAGCAAGGGAGGCAAGCCGGGGGGCAGAGAUGGAUGGGGUCAAAACCUUGAGGGGUGCGUGUGUGUCAAAUGGUGAAUGGGCCCGGAUGAUGCUGCGGGUCCUGCUGUGCAGGGGGUGGAAGAAGGGAGGUGUCCUGUCCCCUGGAAGAGCCUGGCUGGAAGGUGGCAGGUGGGGGCUUCCUGAAAGCAACCCCCCUGCCUUUGCUGCACUUGGUUGCACAAUUUUGGAGGUGAGUUCUGGUUCAGGGAUUUGCCGCCCCUGGGGUGUUGGGGGGCUCCCCCCACCCAGAGCCCACUGCCCCACGCCGUGGGUGAUGCUAGGUGAGGCAGGAGGGGGAGGGUGGCUGCCAGGGGGCUGGAGCCCCAUAGCCACAGGUCUGGGGCACCACUGCCCAUCGCCUGCUGCGUCCCAGCCCCAAGUGCCAGGCUUGCCCUGCUCCCUUUGGUGUGAGCCCUGUGGGACAGUGACAGUAAUGUUUGCCACAGGAGCAUCCCUUGGGGACCAUGGGCGGUUGCCUCUGCCCCCGCCUUGGUGCUCUGGGCAGGGGCAGUUUUAGGGGGGCCAGCAAGCUUGCUGCCUGUGAGCCUGCCUGCGCUUGCUUCUUUCUCUGGUCCCAGCUGCGGGGUCCACCAACAGACCUGCCAGGACCUCCAGCAUCAGCCCCUGGUUUCUGCCCCCACCAGUGCUGUGAUGUCGCUCCAGGACGGGGGGCUUCCUACUGCCUUGUGGGGUCACACCUGGGUGGGUGCGGACACCCACAACUGAAUGUGGUCCAAGUGUCCCAGUGCCAGCCCAGUUCCCCCGGUACCAGCCCAACAGGGAUGCCCGGAGCCAGGCUCAGCCUCCGUGGUGCCUUCUGACUGCCAUAAGCCAAUGCCUCCAGGUCACCCCACGCUGGUGCCAGCUCCCAGCCUCUCCAGUUCACCUGAGAGGUUCCCCCCAGCCCAGGGCCACCCCAUCUUCCAGCCCAGUGCAGAGCAGCCUUAGCUGGGUUAACCCUGUGGGGGCUGCCGGCACUGGCAGGCUGGGGGUCCUGGGCUGUGCAGUCACCAGUGGGCACCUGCGUGUGGGGACGGGGAUGCUGCUGGCAUCACCCGGUGGAGGGGGAGGCGGAGGCUGGCAGCGGAUUAUUUCUGGAUUGGAAGUUACCCACCACUGUGUCUCUCUUUUUUUUUUUUUUUUUUUUUUUUUUUUUUGUUAAAUAAAAGACCAGAAAAGAAAAAAAAAAACCAAACAAAAAAAACAAAACAAAAAGCCGAAACCAAAAGGCAUUGCAGCACUGUGAUGGGCCGUAUCUCUGCCGCGGGGCCCAGGGCGGGUGCUCCCAGCGGUUUGGGGAUCAGUCCCAGUGGGUGUGGGGUCUGCUGGGGGCACACACACACACUGCCAGUGUCCUGGGGGCAUGGCUCAGCUUAGACCCCCACCUAACCUCUCAGCACUUUCGGGUCAAAGCUGUGGAUUUGGGCAUCCCUCUUCCAAAAUCCUCCCCUCUUGGGCAGCCUGAUCAGGGACCAGUGGUCAGGGACCAGGCAAUGCUGCAGCCCCAUCCUCACUGGCCCCUGUGCCUCAGUUUCCCUGGCAGGCAAGCAGCAGUCUGUGGUGGUGUGCGGUGUUUCAAAAGCCUCUUUAAAGAGUUUAUCAAUUUUGGGCUAUGAAAAUUUCUCCCCUGAGUGGCCUUAAAACUUACCUGAUAGCUCUAUGCUGAUUUUAUAUAUACGUAUACAUAUAUAUAUAUAUGGGAGAAUUGAGAUGUGUUCAAAGGCCAGGCAUAUGAUGCAGUUAGUUAGGUUUUACCGUGCCCCGUUAUCUAAAAGACCCAGGUCUGGCUGAACGAGCUGCUGAGCUGAUAGCGGCUCCAAGCAGUAAAAUUAAUACAGCUGACUUCCCUGCUUGGAACUGCCAAACCUCCUCGUUAAAUUAACAUAUAUGAAUAUUUGUUAUAUAAAAAAAAAAAAAAAAAAAAAGAGGGGGGGGGAAGAAUAGGAGGGGGAGAAG